AGAGUAGUCAGCUGUCUGCAAAGCAUUCUACAUGGUUUAAAUAUAUAAAUUGGUGCAAUUUUAUUAUGGCUUUUGAGCCUAAAUUGAAACCUGAGGAAAGUCCAUUUAGGUUCAUCGAUGAAAGUGCUGUAAACAGCCGGGUUGCAAGCAGAGCCGGAAGCAGGGACUUUCUGGAAAGCGAUAAUGAUUUAAUAGACGAAAACUGUAAAGGUUCUAUCGGUAAAGGUGAAAAAGGAAGACGACAUGGAAGGAAUAUAUCGUGUAGAACAGCAUUUUACGUACUGGUGGUCCUUUUAUCAUCUAUUAUAGCAGGUAUCAAUGCUGGUCUUCUGGCUCCUGCUCUCCUCGAUCUCUCCGCUCAAGUCAAUGCGUCAGUUUAUGAUACAUCAAAGGUAUUCAUUUGGCGCGGAGGAGCAUCCAUUUUGGCCAGCGUAGUAUUUGGGCUAUUAUUGGAUUGCUUACAUUAUCCUUUAGUGUUGGCAAUAACUCUUUUAAUCCAAGGAGGAAGCGUUAUAGCUUCGGGAUGGUGGAAGAACCUUCUAGGAAUGUGUGCCCUACAGGGUUUGGCUGGUUUCUGCAAUGGGGGUUUAUGUACUGGUAAUAUAAUGUUGGGUCUACGCCUCUUCGGUAAGAAAUCAAAGGAAAUGAUUCAAGCAGUAAACGUUGCAUUUUUAUUUGGUUUGGGAAUAAUUCCCUUUAUUGUCGAGCCAUUUGUUUCGCAAAUAUCGAAUAAGUACAAUCAAGAAACCAACUCAACUAAAUGUCCAAUAAAAUAUUUCAAUAUUUCGUCGAAUACCAGUGGAAUAAGCCAACCGCAGGAGUCGAGGAUACCUUAUGCCUUCUUCAUCACUGGAUUAUUAACUUCGUUACUAUUUAUUCCUUUCUCUAUUUUGUUUUGUCUAAGCGAAUUUCAAAUACUGAGGAGAAAGAAAGGCGUAAUUGACAAAAAACCUGGUGAAAGAAAGGAUGAUUCAUGGAAUGUUUACAAGGCCUUUAGCCUUUUCUUUAUAUCAUGCCUAUUGGCUUUAGGAGGAAGUUUCGACUAUAGUUUCUCCGCUCUUUUCAUGCACGUUUUGGUCAAUCAUCUGUGCUGGGAUAAGGAAUUGAGUACCAUAGUACUAGGCGUUUAUCAAAUGUCUAAAGUGAUAUUUAAUUUUUUCUCCAUAUUCGCUGUAAGGUGCAUAAAACCUUCGAAACUCGUUCUCAUUGAUUUCCUAAUUAUGCUUCCAUCCGCUGGAAUAUUGACUCUUGCCCUCGAAAGAUGGCCGUUUAUACCAUGGCUUUGCUCAGUUUUGUUUGCUUUUGGUAUGUCGAAUCUAUAUUCCUCUCUAAUGUCAUUCGAGGAUACGGGCUUACCAAAAUCUGGAAAAGUUGCAGGAGUCUAUAACAUUGCUGUUUGUACUGGAAUGAUGAUAAUGCCACCGAUAGCAGCUCUUAUCCUAGCUGAUUUUGGAAUGUUCAUGUUCAAGCUAACGUAUUUGGCCAUAGUUUCAUUAUUUUUCGUUUUCUACCUGGCUGUGAAGAUCGUUUUGUACUUUCAGAAUAGAAAAUAUAGGCUUAUACGAACUGUAAAAGACGCUAAUAGUUAGGUCUAAAUGUUUUAUCCAUGAAAAUUAAUUGUGUUUUUGUAUAUAAUGAAAGUGACGAGAAAGAAAUUUUUCACUUAGAUGUUCAAUGUAAAAAUAUAGACCAAGAAUUUUACACGAAAGAUAUACUGUAUAUAAUAUGCUAAUAUAUAAAAACAACAAAGCAAAGGUAAAUAUAUAACUUUACAGAUUAAUAAUAAAGC